AUGGCGGAGGAACCGUCCACCAAGCGUCAUCAUGGUGAGAUGUCCGACAAGAGCUGCGACCUCGAUGAUGUUCACAUCCCCGGCGAGAAGCGCAUGUACACCAGAACGCUCGAAGGGGUUGAGCUCCACGGCAAGGAGACGCUAGAGAUCGUCUGCACCAGUGAACCAGACAAGGCCGACGAGAUGAUCACCAAGCUCAGGAGGAAGGCUGGCGGCUCUCAUCGUAAGAUCGUCGGUCUUGGUUUGUGCAUGGAGGAAUUCUGCCUGGUGUACCACAUCGCAACGGCUACGAAAUGGACCAAGCGCCUCAACGAGAUGUUGAAGCAUGAGAAGUUGUUCACAUUUGUCGGUUUCAGCAUUGAACGCGACAAAGAGAAGAUGAAGAUAUCUGGCCUUCCAAUGAUAAACCCCAACAAGUAUGUCGACAUUCAGCGCUUCUGGAGAGUUCCAUACACUGGAAAAGAGUACGACUCUUUGACUGAUGUUGCAGCCAGCAUCAUCCACCCGUUCUACAAAGGCAUGAAGAAGAACAUUGACACACAGGAAGACCACAAACUGUGGAUGAUCAGCCCGCUGCCAGACAAGCUCAUCGAGUACGCAGGAAAAGAUGCGUAUGCCACGUACAAGUCAUGGAACAUGAUCGACAACAUCACAAAUGGUAGGGAAAUGGCAAAAGUGCGGGAGGUUGACCACUACAAUGACCGCCCCUUCCGUCCCUUUUAG